AAAAUUUCAGUUAACAAUGUAAAGACUACGAAAAAUAAACACUCACCAACAUCCCACAUUUUAGCAAUCAACACCAAUAGCACCAUCAAAAUGCAAUUGCUGCACGACCACCCGACUUUAGCCGUGAGGAAUCAGAAGGAUUCCGAUUCAGAGGUGAAGGAGAGGAGGUCCUCGAACGCUUCGCUGAUGAACCCUGUGGCCAGUGGGGACAACGUGACCAUGGGGUUGCCCUCGGCGCACAGGCUCAAAGAAGAGCUGCCGCCACUGCCACCUUUAGUGCCGUGCUGCGAGGGAAAAGAACUCCAGAUAAACGAGGACCUGGUGCGCAGCGGUCUGUCAGCCAUCUCCGUCAAGCAUGAAAACGUCAUCCACUGCCUCAGCUCUUCAACAGCCUGUGAGAGGAUCCAGCUGACGCCGGGGAUCGUGAAGCGCCGCAACUCGUACCGCUGUCUCCACCGUCCGGACUUAAAGCGGGUGCCGUAUAUCGGCCGGAUGACGCCGGACGAACUGGAGUCCCUAUUUAGGGGACAUGCGGACUUCCCGGCCUGGUCGCAGAGGAACGAUAACCAAGACAAAACGCCAAGAGUAACGUUACCGCCCGACGAAAAUAUUCUCAACCGAGACCUAAGGACAAAAGAACCUACUAUGGCUGAUGAAAAUGGCUUAGUACUUCACCCGAUCCCCGAGAUUAGAUCGGGGGCGGAGGAUGUUCCGGUCGGCAUGCGAUUGCAUGGAGCUCGUGCGCGACUAUACACGUCAGUACAGGCGGUCAGAGCGGGGGAUCAGCGCGAUAGUUGCGAUUCAGUAAACGAAGCACUGGGCAGCAGCAUACCUGAAGAUGUGACGGAAGAAGAGGUCCAGCUCAAGGAGGAACUUCAGAUCAUACUCCCACCGAGGCCUGAUGAUGUCAACGCUGAAUCGUCGACUACGAGCAACGUCACCUCUACCACUAAUAGUUGAA